AUGGUCAAUCUCAUGGUCAAUCUCAUGGUCAAUCUCAUGGUCAAUCUCAUGGUCAAUCUCAUGGUCAAUCUCAUGGUCAAUCUCAUGGUCAAUCUCACGGUCAAUCUCACGGUCAAUCUCACGGUCAAUCUCAUGGUCAAUCUCACGGUCAAUCUCACGGUCAAUCUCACGGUCAAUCUCACGGUCAAUCUCACGGUCAAUCUCACGGUCAAUCUCAUGAAGCGACUGGAGCAUCGGGUUGAAAUUUGUAGGGCUAUGAAUAAUCAACAUUGUUCAGGAUAUCAAAAAACUCCUUACAACUUAGUGUUCAGGCAACUGCCUCAUAACGACACGAAGAUGAUUAAUCAUUUAGAAAAUAAUAAUUUGUAUUCGCAAACUUUAGAUGCUCACAAUCCUCCGGAAGAUUUAUCUUUAAUAACCGAAUACGAAUCAGAUUCUGAUAAAACUGAAACUGAGCUGAAUACCAAGUGGGUUGUUCACCAUUUGUUAACCACCACAACAAAUAACAGCGAUUGCUGA